AUGCGCACGGCAUCCGUACCAGUUUCUAACAGUGUUAGGAAGUUAGCUGCAGAUAAAACUCCAGCAAAAAAAUGGAAAAAAGCAAAGAAAUCUGAGGUUAACUACCUCCCGCCUCACCCUCAAGGCAAAACUGAUGCAUCCCUUGAAAAGGAGAGAGUAGAGCUUCUCUAUGAGUACAAGAAGAGAGACAACAACAGAGUCAUUAAUGAAAUGAUGUCAAAAACCUUCUCAUUGCGUCGUAAAGAUGUAAUCCAGAAACUACCUGUGAUCGACUUAAAUGCUCGAUGGCCUGCCCUGUUUGAGUUUUCCCAGAUCGAGGAGGAAUUCCGAAGGAUCACAAUGAAGCCACUACAGUCCACAUUCCUAGGGAAGUUGGACAAAUACACACCUAAAUUGUUGAGUCUAUACAGGAUGAAGGGAGGAGCUGUAGGGAAGAAACUUGAUGAGACCCUUGACAUCAUAAAUGAGAUUUGUGAUGACGAUGAUGCUGCAGUCAUCCAAGAGGACCUCUCUUCAUUUGUGCUCAACAUCUUUGUGGUCAGCAAAGCCAGGGAAGGAGGUCACAAGAAGCAAGCAGGAAUAGCCAUCGAGGGAACAGAGGUCCUUUUUGGUAUUCCCAGUGUAGCCCAUGCUUGCACCUACCUAAUGGGCCUUAUUUAUGCUUUGGAAGUAAGCUAUCCAAAGAAACUGAAAUACACGUUCAAGGUUUUCCAGAAGAUCUUCCUGGAGCUGGAGGACAUUAACAAAAAAAUGUCCUCCAAAGUCAGCUUACUGGCCUAA